ACUCUACUCUGUAUUCUUAAAACCCUCUCUUUUUCUUUUCUUUUUUUUUUAAAAAUAAAAUAAAAAUGGCCCAAGCUACAGAAUUUUUGGGAGGAAAGCCAGAAAGCAAAAAACGCAAGAAAGUCAUUCUAGCUCUUUUUGCUACACUUGUCGUAGUCGCCGCCGUAAUCGGCAUUGUCGCCGGAGUGAAUUCCCGAAAGGCCUCUGAUAAUGGCGACCUCAUUAGCGACCCAACAACUCACGCCGUACUAAAAAGCUCGUGUAGCAUAACUAGGUUUCCAGACCUCUGCUACUCCGCCAUAGCCUCAGCUACCGGUGCCUCCAAAAAGGUCUCGAGCCAAAAGGAUGUGAUCAAAACCUCUGUAAACCUGACGAUCACCGCCGUCGAACAUAGCUACUUCACCGUCAAGAAGCUUUACAAGACCCGUAAAGGGUUGACCAAGAGAGAGAAAGCGGCUCUCCAUGAUUGCUUAGAGAACAUUGACGAAACCCUCGACGAGCUCCACGAGGUUCAAGAGGAUCUCGAGGAUUACCCGAACAAGAAGUCCUUGACCCAACACGCGGACGACCUCAAGACUCUCCUCAGCUCCGCCAUGACCAACCAGGAGACUUGCCUGGACGGAUUCUCACACGACAAAGCUGAUCAGCUCGUGCGGAAGGAGUUGGUCAAAGGGGAGGUCCACAUAGAGCAAAUGUGCAGUAACGUACUUGCCAUGAUCAAGAACAUGACCGACACCGACAUCGCCACUGAGGAAAGGAAAAUUACUGGAGCUGGUACACUAAACCGUAAGCUCCUAGAAGAUUUGACUGCAGUUGACGAACAUGGGUGGCCGGAGUGGCUUUCGGCGGCGGACAGGCGGCUGUUGCAGUCGUCCAGUGUUACCCCAAACGUCGUCGUCGCAGCCGACGGUAGCGGGGACUUUCAGACGAUAUCGGAGGCGGUGAAGGCAGCGCCGGACAACAGUAAGACAAGAUACGUCAUCAGGAUCAAGGCGGGUGUGUAUAAGGAGAAUGUGGAUGUGUCUAAGAAGAAGAAGAACAUUAUGUUUCUGGGGGAUGGACGGGAAAACACCAUUAUCACGGCGAGUAAGAAUGUGGUUGAUGGGAGCACAACCUUCCAUUCCGCCACGGUUGCUGCGGUUGGUUCAGGAUUCCUAGCAAGAGACAUAACCUUCCAAAACACAGCGGGUCCCUCAAAGCACCAAGCCGUAGCCCUCCGGGUCGGGUCAGACCUGUCCGCAUUCUACAAGUGCGAUAUGCUUGCAUAUCAAGACACUCUCUACGUCCACUCCAACCGCCAGUUCUACAUCAACUGCCUCGUCGCCGGCACCGUCGACUUCAUCUUCGGCAACGCCGGUGCGGUGUUCCAAGACUGUGACAUCCACGCCCGGCGUCCUAACUCUGGCCAGAAGAACAUGGUCACAGCCCAGGGUCGGACUGACCCGAACCAGAACACGGGGAUCGUGAUCCAGAAAUGCCGGAUCGGAUCCACAUCCGACUUGACCUCCGUCAAGAAGAGCUUCCCGACGUACUUGGGUAGGCCUUGGAAGGAGUACUCUAGGACUGUUAUCAUGCAAUCGGACAUAACUGACGUCAUCGUCCCAGCGGGAUGGCACGAGUGGAGUGGAAGCUUUGCUUUGGAUACUUUGGUUUACAGGGAGUACCAGAAUACCGGGGCCGGGUCGGAUACCUCCAACAGGGUGACGUGGGAGGGGUUCAAGGUGAUUACUAGUGCCAGCGAGGCACAGGAGUACACAGCUGGCAAUUUCAUUGGCGGAGGGAGCUGGUUGAGAGAUACGGACUUCCCAUUCUCUCUUGGUUUGUAGAGUUUUUGUUUUGAUCUUAUUAAUAUUGUCCCCGAGCUUGUGUUAAUUUAUUAUGUCUUAUGCGGACAUAUAUUUAUGGGUUACUGGUGGCUUAAGUUACAAGUAAUCUAAUUUUAUUGUUGGGUAAUUAAGUUUAUAGUUGUUCGUUU